CUGGGCAAAAUCGAAGAGCGUGCAGCAAAAACGCCUUACGUGUGCUCCGGAGAGCGCUAUCGACGCCAGGUAGUCGCAUCCGUGCCCCGGAGACACACCUGCGCCGCGUCGCACCCGUUUGCGCCUCAGCAGACACAAACUAGGCUGUGCCUGUGUUUGGGCGCCGCGCCGUCUCGCGGCGCACUGAGCACGAUUGGCGCCGCGGAGAGCGAAACGCUCCUCGCUGGUAAGCAGCCCAAACCGACCGACGGCAAGGUCGCCGGUUGGUUACGCGUUGUGGUGCUGGCGAGCGUCGUCUCGACGGCGUUCUUGCUAGGGUUCCUCGCCACAGUUGCCACAAAAAAGACGAUGGGCGACCACGGCUGCGUCGGCCAUGGCGGCUACAGCUGGUGCGAGGCGCUCAACGAAUGUGUGAGACCGUGGGAGACUGAUUGUCCGGACACGCUCGAGAUCGACGCCCCCACGCCGACGCACAAUGUCACGAGUGUCCCCACAACGGUACCAAUCCCCGAAACGCAUCAUGACAAGGACGAGGAACCGCCCGUCGGGACGUACGACGGCGCGAUCGUGAUCGCGUUACUCUGCACGAUCAUAGCCGUCGGGCUCUCAUUACAUCUCAUCAGAGGACACUUAAGAAAUUAUGUGAAGCCCCAGCGCCAGCGGUAUGUGAUUAGGAUCGUCUGGAUGGUUCCGAUAUAUGCGAUCAACUCUUUUUUAUCGCUGUGUUUCAUACAAUACGCGCCCAUCUUCGACGUGCCUCGCGAUGUCUACGAGUCGUACGUCCUCUACAACUUCGUGGCGUUGCUUAUUGAUUACAUGGGCGGCGAAAACGAGGCCAAGGCGUUCUUCGCGGCGCAGCCUCCACAAAAGCACUGGUGGCCUUUUCAUUGGUUGGGUGAUCAUGACAUGUCCGUGUUCCUGGAGACGACGCGGUUGUGUGUCCUGCAGUAUUCCAUCGUGCGACCGGUCACGGCGUUCACGACACUGUUCCUCUAUUUCAGUGGAGACUGGGACGACACGGACUGGCAUGCCACCGCGGCGAAUCUCUGGAUCAUGCUCGUAAACAACGCUUCCGUUACGUUGGCGCUGUACUACCUGGUCUACUUUUAUCACGCGACGUUGCCUUGUGAGCCCUUGCAACGGGCCAAACCUCUCUUAAAGUUUAUAGCGGUCAAGCUCAUCGUCUUCUUCUGCUUCUGGCAGUCCAUGGUCAUCUCGUUACUUGUAUCCUUUGGGGUCGUCACGCGGCGCUUCGCCCAUCAAUCGCCCGACCGGACCACGACCGGUCUCAAUGAUUUCGUCAUAUGCGUCGAGAUGGCCUUCUUCGCGUUAUUGCAUGAAUGCGUGUUUAGUUGGAGAGAACACACGAGGCGCGACGACGGCAUCGGGACGACGCCACUACAGAGAGCUCUAACCUACGACCAGGCUUUUAGGGAUAUGUUCUUCGUGGGAGACGUCACGGCCGAUCUAGGCAGAAUCAUCUGCGAGGCGCCCACGGUCUGCUGGAGAGGCGGCAAGCGCGUCCGCCAAGCGCAGCGCGAGCGGGAGGCGCGCCGGCAGCAGCAGAUGCGGCACAAGAUGGAGCUCCCUCCCCACGAAGAGGAGAAGCAAGCGGCGACGCCGCAGCUAUCGCGGGAGCCCUCGCUGCCGGUAGAUGACCUCGCGGACGUGCCGCUCGACCGGCCCGACGACCCGAAUUGGGGCUGGAGCGAGGGAGAGAAGGGGACCUUUGUGUAAGA